CCGCCACUUCACGAUUCAAUUUAUAUCCAAGCUGCUGGUCGGCGGACGACGUUAUAUAUUUAAAUUAUAUACCGUCCAGCAUGGUACUACGAAAGGAUGAACUGGAAAUCCAGCUUAAAGAUGAAUAUCAAUUAAUAAAAGAGGGCGUCCUUCGCGAUGACAGCCCUUUGGAUACGAGCGAUGACUUCAACCGACUAUGUGAUGCGUGUAGGCGGGGUGAUCUUAAAGAUUGCCAUGAGAUGAUCGCGGGAGGUGUGAACAUAAACGCGAGAGAUGUAUUUGAUUAUACGCCAUUGAUUUUGGCGAGUCUCUGUGGCCACUACGAAGUUGUCCAACUACUGUUAGAAUCCGGAGCGCUUUGUGAGAGGGAUACGUUUCAGGGCGAACGAUGUCUAUACAAUGCCCUCACCAAUCGCAUAAGGAACCUCCUGCUCCAAUACGACUAUUCCAAGAGCUCCGAUCCUUUGCAACCACUCGCUUCCCAUAUCACAUCUCUCCUAACGAAACGGGUACCAAAAACCUCUGAUAUCACCCUCACUUCAGGGACCGAAGCCUUCCAUGUCCAUAAAUUUAUUCUAUCUGCUCGAUCGCCAUACUUCAGGAAGAAGCUAUCGCUGGCCCCCGAAACAACGCAGUGGAAACUGGCGCCCGUAAUUCCCGACGAGGCGUUUGAAAUAGCACUUCGAUAUCUGUAUCUGGGAGAAGUUCCAGUGGAUCUCGGACUUGGCCCGAAGAGUAGGGUGUCGGAAGAAGAUGUGCUCAAAGGAAUUGACAAAGUGGGCAAGCAUUUGGAGAUUGAGUCGCUUUGGGAAGGCAUACUCGCAGGAGAAGAUCGACGAAUAGCGAGACAGCGGCACCAAGAUGAGGUCGCCAGAGGCCGGGAUCAGCUUGAGAGUUGGUACCGCGAUAAUGUGUUGAAGGACAAGAUUAUUUUGGAUACGAAGGAAGCAAACGAUGUUAAAUGGGAUCGAAAUAACACUAUAUUUGCAGAUGUCAUUCUCAGGGCUGAUGCGGACACAGAGAUGGAGGCACCGACGCCCUCAGAGGAUGAACAGCGCGAUGCUUCUCAUAGCAACGGCAUUCCUAUAGGUCCUUUGGCGUCCGAACCUUUGGCUUCAACUUCUCCCUCGGAGAAAUCGGUCCUCUUCCCGGUGCAUCGAGCCAUACUUAUCCGUUCCGAGUACUUCAUGACAAUGUUUUCCUCUGCAUUCCAGGAAGCACAGGUGACACCCUAUCUUCAAAUUAUACCUGUGGAUUGCUCUCCAGAGGUCCUAGAGGCUAUUCUCAACUUCUUAUACACCGAGAAGGCGGAUUUCUCACUUGAUAUUGCCAUAGAUGUGCUUUUAGCAGCAGAUAUGCUCUUCAUUGAAAAGCUGAAGGCAAAGGCUGCUAUUACUAUCAGCACACUUGACAAUGGGGGUAGAGAUGUCUUGGUGGAUGAGACGGCUAGUGCUAGGAUUACCCAAGCAGGAAAGGAAGCAAUAAAUAUCUACGAUGUCAUUCGAGCUGGGUGGUUAACCCGAGUGCAGCGCCUAGAAGAAUUCGCGGCGCGGUAUCUAGCUUAUAGGCUGGAAGACUACAUUGAUAAAGAAGAGUUCGAGCAGCUGAUCAAAGAGAGUGCGUCGAGGAUUGAGAAGCGACAGGAGACUGAUAGUAUUGAAUUACUUGAUGAUAUCCGCUACUACCUCUCGGAACGCUUCCGACUCCGCUUCGAAGGUACUGGCAUGGAGGAAAUGAUGGAUGAGAAUCGGCAAAUUUCCGAAGAUGCCGGAAAUGAUGCCGAAACCGAUGGAAAUAUUGUUAAUAAUGAUGACAAGAUACCACAGGAAAGUAUGGAAAGUACAUAUGGGGCUAAUAUCAGAACAUUAGACGGCAGGGUGGUUGGGGAUGGGUUUGAUUCGGAUUCUAUCAACUAUCAAAUUUUGCUGGAGAAGAUAGAUAAACUACUAGAGAGGCUAAAGCUAGACGCAUAGACGGCGCCGCCUCCAGAUGGGGGGUUGGGAGUAAAUUAUAUAUCAGAUGAAACCUAGAGUGUCUUUUCAAAAUGACCAAUCCAAUGUCAAUAUUUAUAAUUAAAG